AUGAAAAACACUAAAAAACUAAAAUCCAAAAAAAAGACAGAAAAAGAAACAUUAAUAAAUGAAUUAAGCAGCAUAAAUAAAGAAAUAGAAGAUGAGAAAAAAAAUGUAGAAGAUAUUAAUUCAAAAAUUAAAAAUAUAGAUGAUAAUAUAUUUUUAGGUUAUCACGAUUUAAAGAUACUUAAAUUAGAAUUAAAAAAUAAAGAAAUAGAAUUAGAAGAAAAUAAAGCAUUCAAGUUAUUAUCUUCUAGAAAAAUUGAAAAUAUUAUAAAUAGAUAUGUAUUAAAGUGCUAUGAAACAUUUCUAGACAAUCUAACAAAAAAUGAAAUAGAUAUAUAUGAGCAUUCUAGAACUGCAGAAAUAGAAAAAAAAAAUCAGCAAUCAUAUAAAGAUUAUGACAAAUUAAUAAACGUCACAAAUAUUCAACACUUAAAUAAAUUAAAUUCUAUUAUUUUGUCUCAAAAUGAAUUAAUAGAUGAAAUUAAUCGUAGAUUUACUAGCAACCUCAAGGAGAUGAGAAAAAAUUAUUCCAAAAAAAUUAAUCUCGAAAGAGAUAAAUUAGAUAAAAAAAGACAAAAAACUAUUUUCAAUUUACAAAAAGAUAAAAAUGAGAAUAUCAAGAAUAUUUUAGUAGAAUAUAAUGAAAAAAUUUUAAAUACACAAAAUUAUUUUAAAUUAAUAUUAAAUGAUCAAUUAGAAAUGAUUCAAAAGUUAGAGGACGAAAAACUUAAUAAAAAAAAAAACUAUUUCUCUAAAAUAAAAUAUUUAGAAGAAUUUAAAAAAAAUAUAUCGAUUCAUAAAAAAAAAUUAGAAAAUUUAGAUAAAGAUGUAAAGCUAUUAGAAAAAAAUAUUAAUGAUUAUGAAAUGCUAAAAAUUAACUUGAAAAAAAUUAAAGAAAAGAGAAAAAAACAACUAAAAGUUCUAGAAGAAUUAAAAUUAGAAACAGAUGUAAAAAAAAUGUUGCUCACAAGGAUUUCUAAGGAAUACGAAGAAUUAUUUAAUAAAAAUAAGAUGAAACUAUACAGCUAUUUACAAAAAUUAUUAUUAGAAAACUAUUUUUUAGAAACAAAGAUGAAAUUAAAAAAUGAAUCUUUAGAAAUAAAUACUAUUGAAUUAAAAAAAUGGCAAGAAUCCUUUGAUCCAAAACAAAAUGAAAUACUAAAUAAAGUCUUAAAUGAUAAAUUUCAAAAUUUUGAGAAUUUAAAAAAAGGAGUAGAAAAUAUGAUAGAUUUAAAUGAAAAGAAUAAAGAAAGUUAUGAAUCUUUAAUGCAUCUCAAUUAUUACUCAAAUGAUGAUUUAGAUGUUUUAAAAAGAGAAAAUGCACCAUAA